AUGGGCAAAGGCCGAACGGACCCUACCGACCAGCCCGAGGAUGUGAAUCGAUCUUCCUUCACUUACGAAGAAAUGAUACUCGAGGACCGGCGACUCCUCUGCCAGAUCCCGCGUGUCACUAACAACGACCAUAAUGCAACGAGAGACAAGGAGAAUAACAAGGCCGAGGAGCAGAAGGAGCUAGCUCGAGCAACGGAUCGUGGUCUGGAACUCCUACGUGAAAUGGAAGGGAAAUGCAUGUACUAUUUCUCUGGUUGGUGGUCCUACUCCUUCUGUUAUCAGAAGCAAAUCAAGCAGUUCCAUGCACUCCCUGCUGGCCGUGGUGUCCCUAACUACCCACCCAUUGAAGACACCCAAACGCAUUCCUUCGUCCUGGGAAGAUUUAUCGGCGACAAGAGUGAGGAAGAGAAGCCAUCUGCCAAAACAGAUGUGGCAGAGCUUCACACAAAAGGUGGCUCGCGGUAUCUAGUUCAACACUUGCGUGGUGGUACCAAAUGUGAUCUGACGGGGCGCGAGCGCAAGGUUGAAGUGCAAUUCCAUUGUCACCCACAAUCGACAGAUCACAUCGGCUGGAUCAAGGAGCUCACCACGUGCUCUUACCUAAUGGUAAUCUAUACCCCUCGUCUAUGUGAUGACGUUGCUUUUCUGCCACCACGGCAGGAUGAGAUACAUACUAUUGAGUGCCGUGAAAUCUUGAUGCCUGAUGAAGUCACCGAAUGGGAGGCGAUCAAAGAGUGGUACAUGGUCAACCAACUGGCCGAUGCUGCUACAGAUGCGGAUGGUGAUGUCGCCCAAUCCGAGCUUCCGAUUAUCGGAGGAAUCGAGGUCGGAGGCCGUAAGCUUGUUGGCAUGGAGGGCAAGGUAAUUGAGAAAGGGCGUGUGGCAUCUGCAGGCGAGGAGCGAGUGGAAGUGGUUGCGAAACGCGAGAAAGGCGAGAUCCGGAAAACAUCCAAGCAGGUUCUAAAAAAGUACGACAUCGACGCGGAGAAACUGGAAGAGAUGAAGAAUCUGUUGGAAGAAGAAGCAGAUGGCAAAGACUGGACGCUGCAGGUUGUGGAAAGCAACGGCGUGAUCAAGUUCCAAGGCGUCUUUGCUGAAGACGAGGAAGACACUUGGAACGAGAACCCGACAGAGAGAGUACACGAAAAGGAUCCCGAAAGUUCCGCUGGCCAGAAUUCAAAGCAGGGAGAGGUCGAAAAGAAAAAGCAAUCUCCAAAGCCCGAAAACAGCGAGGGUAGCGAGGAGACCUUUAAAGAUGAACUAUGA